AUGAACUCCGUGGGCCCGCAGGCCCCCCACACCUCUCCGCCGGCCUCCUCCGUCCCGGGGAAGGGUCCCCAGGACGAGAUGUCGCUGUACUGUGACAGCUACUCCUCUAUGUACCACCAGCCCGGGACCCUGGGAGACUUCCCCUCCGCCCCCAACCCCAACCCCUACCUCUGGCUGAACUCACCCACCUCCUACCUGCACGGGAACAACCCCACCUUCAUCCCGCCCUCCUACGGUUCCCAGCGGCCGUUCUUGGCGGGCUCCCCGGGCUUCUCGGCUCCGGACCUGGGCUGGCUGUCCAUCGCGAGCCAGGAGGAGCUGCUGAAGCUGGUCCGACCCCCCUACUCCUACUCGGCGCUCAUUGCCAUGGCCAUCCAGAACACCCAGGAGAAGAAGCUGACCCUGAGCCAGAUCUACCAGUACGUGGCCGAGAACUUCCCCUUCUACAAGAAGAGCAAGGCAGGCUGGCAGAACUCCAUCCGGCACAACCUGUCUCUCAACGACUGCUUCAAGAAGGUCCCGCGGGACGAGGACGAUCCAGGGAAGGGGAACUACUGGACUCUGGACCCAAACUGUGAGAAGAUGUUCGACAACGGAAACUUCCGGAGGAAACGUAAACGGCGCUCGGACCCGGCCAAGGGCGAGGAGUGCCGAGCGCAGGCCUCCCUCAGGUCCUCAGACAGCCCCUCCUCCCCGGAGAUAGACGGACUCAAGAGCCCCCCCGCCCCGCUGUCUCCCCCCACGGGGGGCGUGGCCGCCGCCUGCUUCAACCACUUCUACAGCAGCAUGGCGUCGCUGGCCCCGCCCUCCACCGCGCACCAGGGAGCCCUGGGAUUGGUCAACGAGCUGUCCAAUAGGAACAUUACGGCUCUCGGGGCCUAUCCGACGGCCGCCGGACCGACACCCGGACACCCGCCUCAUGGGCACUCUCACGGGCACCCUCACGGGCACGCUCACGGGCACGCUCACGUGCACUCUCACGGGCACCCCCAGGGGCCCGGCCAGGGGCCCGGCCAGGAGGGAGAGCUGGUGGAGGGGCCGCGGGGGGGCUACUACAACACGCUGGGCGGAGCUCAGAGCGGACACUUCUACAACAGCUUCAGCGUCAACAGCCUGAUGUACCCCCGAGAGGACCUCUAG